AUGUGGACACGGCUAAUACCGAGGGCGAGUGAUCAAGCUCAUAUUCGUGGUCGUCGUUCUGGCUAUGGAUAUGGAUAUGCGCUUCAGAAAAGGCGGGGUUUGUGUUCUGAGGCGCGGAUGACUACGGGGGUGGAUGCUAGGAGUGCUUCUUUGUUUAUACGGGAUCCGGCGCGGGUGCUGCCAUCGGAUAUCAUAUCGAAAUUACCAACCCCCCCGUGCAAUGGCAACAUUUCCCGCACGAUCCCCGUCUUGGCCGUGACGCCCGCGCUCGCUUCUUGGAUAGUUCAACCCCACUCGUUUCUAUGUGAGUCGAUUACGCACAUUUUCCAGAAUACGCCGCACACGACCUCCAGUGGGGAGGAGGUCAGCUUCGUCUAUUCCGUGGCAGCGGUUGUGGAUAAACUGCCCCUUCCCAGCACAACAUCACUUCCACCGGAAAGGGAAGGAGGCCGGGAUGAACUAGCUGGGUGCGAAGGGGUAUCUCUCUUCCUCGCGAACAGCGAUGCUCUGGCCGCUAAGGUGGCCCACUCGCUACAAAGACGAGACAUGUCUACUCCUGAAACGGAGCCUACGCUAUCCUACCUGUAUCGCCAACUACCUGCGAAACAUGCUUCCACGGCUGUAGCCACCUUCGCCGAAGUUGGUGUUCGACUGGCCAACACCCUCUUCCUCAAUGGCAAACCACGCACCAUGCUUGCUUCGCGCUGGCGCUGCAGGUCGCAUCCCUCCCCAAACCCUACCUCAACUACCCUAACGCUAGACAAGGAAUACGAUCUCCUUAACUGCCGGAUCGAACGUGCAACGGAACCUCACACUGUCACUGCACGCUUGCCCCUCUACCCAGUUACGAGGCCGCGGGAGAUAGUCACGAGCAUGGGGAAUAUUAUCAGCCAGCUCCGCCGCAACAAGGACGACAGAUCCAGCUCGACGACGAUCCACGCGUCGGCCGAGCUGGAGGAAGCGCUGCCAGCCUACCUCAAAGCAAACAACUUGCAGAACCAGCGAGUGGCCGUCUGGGCUUCAGUGCGGCCGGCUGCAUCGCGGGCCGAACUUUUCGUUGCUUCAGGCACGUCUGUGUCUGCAAAUGGAUAUGCCAAUCCCAACAGCAGCACCUGUGGGGCCAGUGCUGGAUCUACUGUCGAUCCGCUCGCCGCCAUCAACGGGGGCACCAGACUCCACCGUGUCUUGAGCGGCGGAGGCGGGUGGGGUAAGAAGCAAGGGCUUCUAUCUCUGGACCCUGAAUACAGCUAUCAGACCGGCGGAGACGCGGCCGCUGCGGGCUUUGGGCGCGGUCGUCCCGUCCCCGAACUCUUCUUCGAAGAGAUGGCUUCGGGCUCUUGUCCAGCGGCAAAGGAGGGCGGCGCGGAUGCGGGAGGUGAGCUGAUGGCGUGCGCGUCCGAUGAGGCUGGUCUGGGGUCUGUACGGUUUAAGGAUGGGCGCCUCACGACUGAUCUGUCGGAGAUCGCGAAGGAGGGGGAUGUGGUGCAGUUUCUGGUUGCCUCGUUGGAUAGCCUGCGGGCGUCGCCGGCGACGGUGGCAGGGAGGGAGGAGCCCGAUGCUUUUGAUACUGGCCGUCGGGAGGAACGAACAUCGCAAGUUUUGUUUGGGGUCAUUCCUUCUUCUGAUGCGAGUUGGCCGGAGGUCAGGGGGGAGGGAACACCUGAUCCUGGUAAGGGCUUUGGCUCGGUUUUUCCAGGCCACGGCGACGGUGUAGUCCUGGUGGUGCCAAGCCAUUUUGGAGCACUGUCAGAGAAGGCCCUAACCUAUUCUGUAUUUGAUGCGGUAGUUUCUGACGGGGUACGCCACUGCCCUGGGCCACUGGUGCAGGGGACUAAAAUCGAUGUUCCCGGCUCGAAAAUCAUCGUUGGGUGUGUGGAUGAACAAGUCGCAGGGUAG